AUGUGGGCGCCCGGCGGCCCGCCGGGACCCGCGGGCUGGGACCGCCGCCGGGUGGGCGCCAGGCUGCGCGCCGCGCUCGCGGGGCUGCACGAGCUGCAGGGGCUGCGCGCUACGCAGCAGGCGCGCGUGCGGAGCGCCCUGGCCAUGCAGCCCCCGCCCGGGGCCGCCGCUCCCCGCGGCCCCCGCGCCCACGAGCUGCGGCUGGAGGCGGCGCUGGCGGCGCUGCAGGAGCAGUUGAACCGUUUAAGACGCCAGGACAUCGGCCUGAAAACCCACUUGGACCAGCUGGACCAGCAGAUCAGCGAGCUGCAGCUGGACGUGCGCAGAACCUCCAGCGAGGCCCCAGACAGCGACAGCAGGCCCAGCUCAGGCUUCUACGAGCUGAGCGAUGGCGGCUCCUGCUCCCUGUCCGCAUCCUGCACGUCUGUGUGCAGUGACCACACAUCCUCCUCCCUGAGCACUUUGCUGCCCGCUGCCCCCAAGGCCAGGCCCGGUGUGGGGGACUGCCGGCCCUGGUCAGCCGACGAGACCACCGUGUGUGGGGCCCUCCUGUCCACAUGGGGACCCCAGGCCACUGAGGAUGGUGCAUCCCGGCCCAGGCCGGUGUCUACAGGUGAUCUUGAGAGAGCCCUACUGGCUGAGGUGGGGCUCCAGAAAGCCAACGCAGACCCCAAGUCCACUUCUCUCCUCUGCCGUGGGAUGGACCUCCCGCCCCACUUGCUGGACCCCAAGUACCAGCGUGACCUGGUGUCCAAGGGUGGCAGGGAGGUGUACCUGUACCCCAGCCCCCUGCAUGCGGUUGCUUUGCAGAGCCCCCUCUUUGCUCUGACCAAGGAGACCCCGCAGAGUGACGGCCACUCACCCCCUAGUAAGGCCCCUCCCCGUCCCACAGGUCCAAGCUCCAUCCGGACUAGACCGGUCCUUGAGGCUGGCCCGGCCGGAGCCUAUAUAGACAGGCUGCUGCGACUGCGAGGCCGAGGGACCCCCCCAAGGGGCAGCUUGGGUAAGCAAGGACCCCCAAGACGUGAGGCAUCCCCAUCCCCGCAGGAGCUUGGUGGCCAGAGAGUGGACAGUGAGGACCGCCUGGAGAAGUCAAUCUGUGCCCCAGGAAGAGCAGAAGUGGGAGGGGUGGCUCAGAGGGGUGACACUAGCGGGGACAGCCUCCAGCAGCAGGGACCGACACACCUUGGGGGCACCCCGCACCCCAGCAGCCUUCCCGAGGAGGUACCCAAACCCUCCAGCAGAUGCGUCGGUGGGGAGAGCACCCAGGGCUCCCCUCGGCUGGGGUGUGGGAGGGCUAGGCAGCCGGCUCUUGGUGGCCGGAAGGGCGGGGCCUGGUCGCCCACUGGGGGAGCGGGCAGAGAGAGUCCCACUCUGGCCCCAGGGCCCUGUGGCCGCCCCCACUUUGUUGCCAGUGGAGCUGCCCCCACGGGGCUGAAAACAGGCAACCCCCAGACAAAGGCCGCAAAGAUCAAGAGAGGCGCCAGCGACAAGGCGCUGAGGUCUGGGAGGCAGCCGCCUUCGUGGGGCGCCCUCGCGGCACCCCAGCUGUCCCCCGAGUGGGGGGGCGCUCUCAGAAGGAGGCCCACCCUGGCCGGGGAGGCACCCGGCAGGGCCUGCUCCGAGGCCAGCCUCUACCCCGUGCCCUGCUUCGUCCCCCUGCUGGUGGCCCGCCGGGAGGGUCACCGGGCGUCGGCGCAGGCCUUGUUCCCCUUCGCAGCGGCCCCUCUGGUGGCGGCCGCCGGGGAGGCCAGGAGGAGGCAGCGCAGGUGGCAGUCCUCCGUGGAGAUCUCAGCCAGGGCGCGCGGGGCCAGCAUCCCCGACGCCGGCCUGGGGCCGCACAGGCCGGCGGCCAGGAGAGGGGGCGGCCCGCGGCCCGUGUGCGCCCGGGCCAGGCCCCAGCUGCCCCGCCAGGACGCCCUCGCCGGCAGCGAGUCGGACGGCUCCGAGCGCUCUGCCGAGUGCUCCUCCCUGCGCCCGUCCACCGUCGCGGAGAGCAGCGGGGACGAGGCCAGUGACCACACCGCCAACCGCUUCGGGGACGGGGAGUCCAGUGGCAGUGACUGGGAGGCCGGUGUGCGGGGCCGUGGGGGCGGCCUGGCCUGGCCUCGGGCGGCCCCCCAGCAGUCCCCGCGGGCCCCCGCCGGCUCCAGGCCGCCGCUGCCGCCCGUGCCCAAACUGUGUCGCGUCAAGGCCUCCAAGGCCCUGAAGAAAAAGAUCCGCAGGUUCCAGCCGGCCGCACUGAAGGUCAUGACCAUGGUGUGAGGCCCGCGGGGACGCGGCUGAGCGCGUCCCCGGGCAAAGCGACCCGUGUUCCAGGAGAAGCCUCCUCUUGAGGACCGGGGGCGCACAGGCACUAAGGGGCCUCUCCAUGGCCAAGGACGGGUCCGGCUCUGUUCAGCUGCUCAAUAUGCAGAUGUGGAUCUGUGUGUCCUGCCAAUUUGCUUCAUCUCCCAAGUCACCAUUUGAAGGGGUCCCCUCAGAGAUGACGAAGCAGGUCCCCUGAGGUCACUGUGACUCUGUGGGGUGCAUUGCCCCGCUCAACAGGGACAUUGAUAGAGAACUGGGAAAUUUCAGAUUGUAUAGGCCACUCCAGCCAACUUACAACUUUGUCAGCAUCUUCCCAGGACAGAGACGUCCCAGCCAGGCUUUCUCGGCGUCUGUGUUGUAAUCCUGGUGGUAGCUGACCCUGUCCUGGUCCCACUUGGGCUGGGCACUGUAGUCCCAGUCCUGUUAAACCAUUCCUCCCAAAAAGCGUCCUUGGAGACGGUUGCAGGACUGUGCUCUGGAAAUUGGGUUGGAAUGUGAACUCCCGUGUCAAGCCCUCACCGUGAAUCAACACCCUGAUGAUGCUGUGAUCUUCGAGAAUAUUCUUUCCCUUGUAACCUCCCUCUGCUCCUUUCCCGGCUGGCACACAGUAGGUGUUCAGGACACCCUCCUCCUUUCCCAUCUCGUAGGCGCUCUCUCACCCAAGGUGGGAAGAUGUAUUUCACGUGAGGACAGUCCAAACUCUGGUUCCAAUACACAGAAGUUGAGCAUAAAAGUGUUUUUGAAAAAAUACCUUUUUUGGUGUUUAUUUUUUAAAGAAAAUUUCUCUGAACAUUUCAAGGAGAAGAUCAGGUUUUCAGGGAAGCUGCUUGCUGACUAGCACAGUAUUUUCAAUUCAUAAGGCAGCUGUAUCCUGAAUCAGUCAAAACUUCUCCAAAACACUUCCCUGGGCCUGGUGGGCUGGGGAACGUCCACCCCGUGGUCCCUCAUGGGGGGGUCUGGACCCCCUCAGCCCCUGCCACAAUCUGCAGGGUUGGCAGGAACUUUUGAAGGAAAAUGAUAAGCAAACCAGCCAAAAUUUUAGUAGAUUCUAUACUGGGCGUUAGUUAGAUAUUCAUGUAACAAACAGCUAGUUUCAGAUACAGUUUAAAGAGCAUUUUGAAAAGCAGAUACGUUUUAAAAAGCAAUUAACAUUUUAGAACAAAGAAAUCUAAAUUGAUCUGUGGGAAGUGAGAGGCUAAGUUUUCUGAAAGUGAAGAUAGAGUGGAGGGGCUGCUCCCUGUAAAACCUCGAAAAUGCAGCCAUUUCUAAGGUCCCAGAGCUGACUUUGAAAUUCACGCAUUGCAUUGAGUCUGUGUGGAUAGAAUUCCCACUUGUGCUUCAUGGAAUCUGCUUACUAACAGAGGUGAAAGGGUCUUCUUGAGCUUUUUAAAAAACUGCGUUGAUAUUUGAAGAAAAAUUCAAACCCACCCAUGAUGGGGGUUUUAUUAUAAAAGGUAUUACACAGGGUAUUUUAUAAAAACGGUCUAAUUCUCAACCGUAUGGCACACGAGGCAAUGGAGCACUGGUUUUGCCAGGGCCUCUUAGCGGGUGAGGUCUCGAGACAGAUUCAGAGUUGAGGGUUCCAGCUUUCACCUCUGUCGAUACAGUUUUCACAGCGUGCAUCCCUAGCUGGCCGUUCUGCAGAAAUGGCCGUGAAAUUCCAUUUAUGUAGCACACUCGGCUCUAUUUGACCAUCUCUGGCCGUUGUUGGAGCUUUUCACAGCUAAGGGGCUUUGAAUGCAGUCUUUGGAAAGUGCAGACUUCCAUCCUUCAUGAUUAGGAACCCUGUCCUUGUCUCACAGGACUGGAAACUUAGCUGUGUCUCUCUUGCCAAGAUCGUGUGGAAUCAGCGCUGAAGGGGAUGCA